CUGCUGCUGGUACACUCACCGGGAAGUACGAUCCCCGAUACCAGAGCUGAGCUAGCGCGGGCAUCGAGCUAGCUUAGCUUAGCUUAGCUCAGCCAGCACCAGUGGACUCGUGUAGUAGAUAAUACCCAGUGUAGAGGUACGUGCAGGGGAGAUGGCCAGCGGUACUGGUAUUGGUACUGGCAAUGGCGGAUCUGUGCUGGCGGUGGUUGCCGCGUGCGUGUGCGCGUGCCUGAUCCUCUCCGUCCCUGCCGCCGACGCGCAGCUCAAGGUCGGGUACUACGACUCCACGUGCCCGGAGGCCGAGAACCUGACCGCCACCAUCGUCCACGCCUCCGUCCGCAUGGACGCCGGCAACGGCCCCGGCCUCGUCCGCCUCUUCUUCCACGACUGCUUCGUCAGGGGCUGCGACGCGUCGGUGCUGCUGGACGACCCCACGGGCAGCCCGGGCAACCGGACGGUGGAGAAGACGGCGGCGCCCAACUUCCCCAGCCUCCGCGGCUUCGGCGUCAUCGACCGCAUCAAGCGCGUCGUGGAGCGCCGCUGCCCGGGCGUCGUCUCCUGCGCCGACAUCGUCGCCUUCGCCGCGCGCGACGCCUCCCGCAUCAUGGGCGGCAUAGUCUUCGCCAUGCCCUCCGGCCGCCUCGACGGCCGCGUCUCCAACGCCACCGAGGCGCUCGCCAACCUGCCCCCCGCCAACUUCAACCUCACCCAGCUCAUCACCCGCUUCGCGUCCAAGAACCUCACCGCCGACGAGAUGGUCACGCUCUCCGGGGCCCACUCCAUCGGCCGCUCACACUGCUCCUCCUUCUCCAGCCGCCUCUACCCGCAGAUCGACCCCACGCUCAACAACACGCUCGCCAAGGCCCUCCGCGCCGGCAAGUGCCCGGCGGCGACGGGGCGGCUGGACCGCGUCGUGCAGCUGGACGCCAAGACGCCGCUCCAGCUCGACAACCAGUACUACAAGAACAUCGGCACCCACGAGGUGCUCUUCAACUCCGACCAGGCGCUGCUAGACCAGAGCGACACGGCGGCGCUCGUCGGCCAGUACGCCGCCAACCGGAAGCUGUGGUCGCAGAAGUUCGCGGACGCCAUGGUGAAGAUGGGCUACGCCGACGUGCUCACCGGGCCGCCCGGGGAGAUCAGGAAGGUCUGCAGCAGCGUGAACUAGCUAGUACUCCGGCCAAACUUGCCAAAUUCAGACAUCUGCACAUGUGUACUCCGGCCACUGUACAUGACAUGAUCGCCACAUACAUUUCACCUAGGUCACCUCCGACGCGCCACUUGCAUUGCAUCGAUCAUUCAUGGCUGUAACCUGUGACAUAGUACUACAAGGGUAGAUCAGGUGUCACAAUCUUGCAAAUUCCAUUGAUUCGUUUUGUGAGGCUA